GUCUGUGUCGCGACGCUUUCGCCAGUCUCUCGUCAGCCCUGUCCCGGAUCUCGUCAUGCUGUCAAUCCUCGUAUAUAAUCCUCGCUACGUCGUCUGUGCAUCCUAUCAUCUACGACCAUCUCCGACCACUUGGCGCGCCGGAGAUAGACUUUGUUUCCCCAGUCCCAUUAGCUGAGACCUGCUCAAGCUUUUCCCCGCUCGCCCGGACUUCUCUGUACCCACCAUGUCCCCUGUCGCGGUGAACGGCAAGACCAACGGUCUGCAUGCGAGCAAUGGCGUCGCUAAGAGCCACCCAGAUGGUUUUGGGACGCGGGCGAUUCAUGUAGGCUCAGAGCCAAAUCCCGAGACCGGCGCUGUUAUCCCAGCCAUCUCCCUGAGCACAACGUACAAGCAAGAUGGCGUUGGGAACCACAAGGGUUUCGAGUACUCGCGUUCUGGGAACCCGAACCGCAAUGCACUCGAGGCGACCUUGGCCUCGCUAGAGUCAGGCGGAGCUUAUGGCCUGGCAUUCGCGUCGGGCUCCUCCACCACCGCGACGGUGUUGCAGUCUCUAGGCCCUGAUGCACAUAUCAUCAGCGUGAACGACGUCUAUGGCGGAACUUUCCGGUAUAUGUCGCGGGUCGCGGCCGAGAAUCAAGGGUUGCAGACGACUUUUGUAGACUUGGAGAGUGCGGACGACGAGACCAUACUCGCGACAUUCCGAUCCAAUACGAAGCUCAUCUGGAUAGAAUCACCUACAAACCCAACUCUGCGACUCAUCGACAUCCCCCGAAUCGUCUCUCUUGCACGUUCGACUCCCGCUUCACCUCUUGUUCUCGUAGACAAUACAUUCCUGUCACCCUACUAUUCCUCCCCACUCCUGCAAGGUGCAGACAUCGUCGUGCACAGCCUGACCAAGUACGUCAACGGGCACUCCGACGUCGUCAUGGGCGCACUCAUCCUGCCGGCACACCACGCCGCGCUCGCGGAAAAGCUGCGCUUCCUGCAGAACGCCAUCGGCGCGGUGCCGAGCGCGUACGACUGCUGGCUCGCACAGCGCGGCGCGAAGACGCUGCACCUCCGGAUGAAGGCACACGGCACGAACGCACUCGCCGUCGCGCGCGCGCUGCAGCGCUCGCCGCACGUCGAGGAAGUCAUCUACCCCGGGCUCGCGACCCACCCACGGAAUGACCUCGCUUACCGGUCCCUCUCGCCGCAUGCGCGCAAGUUCGUCGACCAGUACGUCGCACAGGACGGCGAGGGUGGCUUCCCGUACGGCGGGAUGAUCUCGUUCAGGAUCCGGGGCGGCGCGGAGGAGGCGGACCGCUUCCUUACUGCGACGCGCCUCUUCACGCUGGCGGAGUCACUCGGCGGCGUUGAGAGUCUGGCUGAGCUGCCCGCGCAGAUGACGCAUGGGAGCAUCCCUCCCGCGGAGCGUGCCCUGCUGGGGAUUGGCGACAACUUGAUCCGGCUCUCCGUCGGUGUGGAGGAGGCUGAGGAUCUUGUUGCGGACGUUGAUCAGGCGUUGGAGGCCGCGGUCAAAGCUUCAGAUUAGACGGAUGGACGUUUGCGAAUUGUGAGAGUAGUGUGGGCUUGUAGCUGCAAUCUGGAGAGUACUGUACCCUAUUGUAAUAGACGAUAUUCAGGAUUCGAACGCAACAAGGACGUGAACUUGAACGACA